AUGAAUUUUUUUCUAAUAAAAUUGUUUAUUAUUGGAAGAAACCAUCGUCUAAUACUAUUUGUCUGUGGAAUAAUUAUCUUAACAUUCAUUUAUUAUUCUGAACAAACCCUCAUAUCUUCACUAGUGUAUGUUGAAAUACGAAACUUAGUUGUUUCUCAACGAAAUCUUUUAUCACCGCAUGUGAAUAUCAUUGAUCUGCAAAAAGAAAGUCGAGAGAAUUUCUCGUGUAUCAAAACGAAGCGAUUAUUAAACAUAACACAAACUACAAUUUGUCUUCAUGAUAUUCGUGAUGCGGUGAGUAGACAAAUUGCAGAAGAAAAAGUUUGGGAAGAAAAACUUCUUACUCGAUUGUUGAUCGUUCUUCAACGAUACCCUCAGAUGAACUUUUUCGAUGUCGGAGCAAAUAUUGGAUCGUACACACUGUUCGUCGCGUCACUCGGAAGACAAGUGAUUUCAAUCGAAUGUUUCAAACCAAAUAUCGAUCGAAUUCGAAAAGCAAUUCAAAUCGAACAUGUAGAAAAAAAUGUGAUUUUAAUUGGUAAUGCAAUUCAUGAGGAAACUGGUCGAUAUUUCAAAAUGACAUCGGAUCCUGAAAAUGUCGGUUCACAAGCUGUUCUUCCGAAAACAAUCGUUAAACAAACAGAAUAUGACGAUAUUUAUGUUGUGAAAACGAUUCAAUUCGAUGAAAUUUUACCUAUUUUGAAAAUAAGAAAUAUUCGACAGGCAAUUAUGAAAGUGGAUAUUCAAUGGGCAGAGAUUUAUCUUUGUCAAACAGGAAAUAAAACAU